AUGUUCCGUCGUCUUGGUCAGCAGAAUUAUCGAGCCGAAAGUCCAAGUGUCGACUUGAAUGGAUCGGUUUCUUUGUCGGUACACAGUGAUCUAUCUCCUCUUGAUUUGGACAGCUCGUCCACACGAAUCUCGUCCGAGGCCGAGGACGAGUCGAUGAUGAGCAAUAGCGAAAAGAACUCUGGAUCUAUCAGAGAACAUCGGAUUGUAGAAAAACCUGAGAUCGCCAUGAUUGUCGCGAAUAUCUGCAGGAAGCUUAACACCAUUGUUAACCUAAUCCACGAGUUCUCCACUGACGCCUUGGGUUUACGUGAAAGCGCCGAUGACUUGCUGGACGAGCUUCGA